CCCCCCCCCCCCCCCCCCCCAGAACAGCGCCUCAUCGUUGGUGUCAGUGGGGGAGGAAACAGCGCCUCAUCGUUGGUGUCAGUGGGGGAGGAACAGCGCCUCAUCGUUGGUGUCAGUGGGGGAGGAACAGCGCCUCAUCGUUGGUGUCAGUGGGGGAGGAACAGCGCCUCAUCGUUGGUGUCAGUGGGGGAGGAACAGCGCCUCAUCGUUGGUGUCAGUGGGGGAGGAACAGUGCCUCAUCGUUGGUGUCAGUGGGGGAGGAACAGUGCCUCAUCGUUGGUGUCAGUGGGGGAG